GCAUGCUACUGACGUUUCCCAAAUCUGCAAAAUACUUUGCUAUAAUAUAUUUUCAGUAAUAAUAUCAUUAAAAAUAUCAUUAAAAAAUAAUUACGUGAAAAAGUAUUUGUGUUUGAGUUUUCAGUUAGAAAAAAUAUGCUUUGUAAUUGUAUGGAGACAAUAAGAAGUAGAUUUCUCAAUUUUUUCCUGUAAUAUUACAUAUUUUAUGGGAAGUUUCCACACUUCUUCAGUAGAUCUUUUUCAUUAAUAUUGAAUUCGUAUAUUUUAAGGAAACAAAUAUUUAUUAUUUACAAAUCAUGUCUUCCCAAACAAUCUUCCGGGGAUGGAACAGAUUAUACACUUUAGUGACUCAUCAAACAAAAUAUCCACUGGUGAAAUUCGUUGGUGCAGGAAUAAUAACAGCAGGUAUUGUAACAUACAAGACAUCAAAUAAUUCCGUAUUUGCCGCUGAAUUGCGAAUAGACAGGGCUCGAUUCAAAGCAAAACCAAUCACUAAAGAAGAGGAUUUAAUAAAAAACAAAGAUGACAUGAGAACAAAAAUGGAACUCCUCAUUUUGAAUAUACAAGCGGAAUUUUGCAAUCAGCUGGAGAAGCAAGAAGAUAUGGGCGAUAUAUUUGUAGUCGAUCGAUGGACAAGAGAAGAAGGUGGUGGUGGGAUAACUUGCGUUUUACAAAAUGGCAAUAUUUUCGAGAAAGCCGGUGUAAAUGUUUCCGUGGUUUCGGGUACACUGCCACCAGGAGCCAUUCAACAAAUGCGAGCCAGAGGAAAGUCCUUAGCCGAGGGGUCGUUGCCAUUCUUUGCCGCUGGAAUAAGUGCAGUGAUUCAUCCACGAAAUCCAAUGGUGCCAACGAUACAUUUCAAUUAUCGAUAUUUCGAGGUUGAAAAUAAAGACGGAACGAAGCAAUGGUGGUUCGGAGGUGGAACUGAUCUGACACCAUAUUAUUUGAACGAAGAGGACGCAACACAUUUUCACGAGACAUUGAAGAGAGCUUGCGAUAAACACGAUUCUUCGUAUUAUGCGAAAUUUAAGAAAUGGUGCGACGAAUAUUUUUUCAUACCUCACAGAGGUGAGAGUCGAGGUGUGGGUGGAAUUUUCUUUGACGAUUUAGACACUCCCAAUCAGGAGGCGGCUUUUGAGUUUGUUAAAUCGUGCGCUAAAUCUGUCGUUCCAUCGUAUAUACCGCUGGUUACGAAAAAUAAGAAUAAACCCUAUGGAUACGCUGAACGACAAUGGCAAUUGUUGAGAAGAGGACGUUACGUUGAAUUUAAUUUGAUAUACGAUCGUGGCACGAAAUUUGGAUUGUACACACCGGGGGCACGAUACGAAAGUAUAUUGAUGUCUCUUCCCGCAACGGCGAAAUGGGAGUAUAUGCACCAACCAAAACCUGACUCUAGCGAGGAUAAAUUAUUACAAGUUUUAAAAAAACCUAAAGAAUGGGUUAGAAAGUAAAUAAUAAUUUUGUAAUUAUAGAUUUUUUUAUUGAAAUAAUUUUUGCUGAGAGAAUUGCUAUAGGGUUUUGGAGAAUUUAUUGUUAUUCUAAGGAAAUAGAUAUAUUUAUUUUUGAAAUAUC